AUGUUCCCAACACUCGCCUCUCUCCUCGCCUCAGCGGUGCUCGUCACGGCGACCAUCGACCAAGUGCACCUUGGUCUUACCAACGCCAACGUCGACUGCCCCAACGGCGUCGCGGUCGCCUUUGCCAGCGACGUCGGCAGCCCGCUCUCGGUCUCGUUUGCGACGCCGGGCGAUUCGCCAAAGUCGGUGCCGACGACCGUCGACUCGUUCAAGUUCGACUCCAAGCUGUACAGCUACACGUCGCCGUUUCUGCACACGGCGCGGCUCUGCAACCUCAAGGCCAGUGCCACGUAUGCGUAUGCGAUUGGUGGCAACGGCAAGACGUGCGCGGGCAGCUUUGUCCAGUCGUUUGUGAUGCCGCCAAGCGCCGACGCGGACACACCGACGGUCCUCGGUAUCAUUGGCGACGUCGGCUCCGAGUACAUUGACGACACCUUGCGCAACACGGCAACCGGGAUCAACGGCACAGCGGCCCACGCGAUCUUUAUCGUCGGCGACUUGGCCUAUGCCAACGGCGAGCACGAGCAGUGGGACGCGUGGUACCGCCAAGCGCAACCCGUGUUUGCUUCGAUUCCGACGCUUGCGAUCGGCGGCAACCACGAGACGACCAAGGGUGGCGGCGCCAAAAAGCCCAAGGACAAGAAGAAAUUUCUGCCGGAGAACUACCUCGGGUACAUCCACCACGUCAACAACCCGGUCUCGGCGGCGCAGAAUGCCAAGCUGCGCACGUACUACUCGAUGAAUGUCGGACAUGUCCACGCGGUCUUUGUGGACGAUUAUGUCGGGUACCGCGGCGACGACGACGAUGUUGUCGGCACCAAGCCGUGGAUGGACGAGCGCAACUUGCAGCUGCAGUGGCUCGAGAAGGACUUGGCGUCCGUGGACCGAAAGAAGACGCCGUGGGUCCUUGUACUCAAGCACAACCCGUACUACAACUCGUGGGAUCGCCACCAGUGCCACUCGACGCCAAGCGACCUCAUGACGACGAUUGGGCUGCCGCCGGUCGUCGGCGUCUGUGACCUUGAUGACUAGGCUCUCGUGACGCAACGAUGUUCUCGCAAGAAGACUUGGGCGGUGGCUUUUUUUAGGAAUAAAAAUACGUUCGCGCCAUUUUUUGAGAUUUGAUUCGCUUGCACGAGCGCAUGCCACGUCACGACGAGUCCGUUUCAGAUCUUAUACCAUAUAAAAACACACUGCUCUUGCAAUACCGG